UCCAAACUAAACAGAAAACGGUCCUCUGCCUCUUUCUACUAGCUGAGUUCGCAGGUUAUACGAAGUAGCAGAAGAACAAACUAGUUGGGAAGAACCGAGUUUCAGAUACACAAAAGCAAUGGCACUCUGGAUGGAAAAAGGCGCCGAACCCCAAACCGAAAGUGAAAAGGCUGACCUCGACGCCAUCGCAGCCCUCAAAGAAUCUGCUGCUAUUGAACUCAAGGAGAAGGGCAACGAGUUUGUGAAGAAGGGUAAGAAGUAUUACUCGGAUGCCAUAGACUGUUACACCAGGGCCAUCAAUAACCAAGCUUUGAGUGACCCUGAGACGUCUCUGCUGUAUUCCAAUAGAGCCCAUGUCAAUCUUCUGCUUGGUAACUACAGACGUGCUCUUACUGAUGCUGAGGAGGCAAUUAGGCUCAGUAACAUCAAUGUUAAGGCAUUGUACCGAGCUGCGAAAGCGUGUUCAUCAUUGAACUUGUUGGAUGAUUCGAUUUCAUAUUGCAAAAAAGGGCUUGAAAUUGACACAAGUAAUGAAGGGUUACAGAAGCUGUUAGGACAGGUUGAGUUGAAGAGGAUGGAACUUGAACAGCGCGAGGCUCAAGUCUCCAAGGCUCUUUCUGAGGCUAAGGACAUUGUUUCUGCGAUUGAAAAAAGAUGCUUGAAGGUUGGGAAUCCAAUAUAUCAAGAACUUACUGGAGCUAGAAAGCCUGUAUUGGACAAAAAUAGUAUUCUUCAUUGGCCUGUUCUUCUUUUGUAUCCAGAGGUUAUGUCCAGUGACUUUAUCGAGGAUUUCUGUGAGACAGAAAUGUUCUCGGCUCAUCUUGAUAUGAUGUUUUCAGAAAGCGCCCCUCCUUUGCCAUGGGACCAGGAACACAAUUAUGUUCGUGAUGCUGUUGAACUAUACUAUGAAGCCGAAUCAGGAGUUCCAUUGCCAAAGACAAAGAUUCUCCGUGGUCUCCUUGAGGGAACUCCAGCAUCCAAUCUAGAAAGCAUGGUCGGGGAAGAAAAAGAUGCAACUAAUAAUUCUAAUGUUGGAAGCUCAGCAGGCAAAGGUUCCUCCAAGUGGGUCAAAGUAAACGAAAAAAGAACACUCUACGAUAUUCUGAAAGAAGCCAAUUUCAUUAUUCCAGGGAUCCCAGUGUUUGCUGUUGUUUCUAAAAGAUCCAGCUUCUACAAAGAAUUCAAAGCCGGAGGCUGGGCUCUUCCACAGUAGGCUGCAUUUCUCAUGAUACCGAGUUCCUAGUCAAAAUUCUAAAGCAGAUGAAGGCAAGGGAAAUCACCAUGUUGUGCAAUCCUGAUUCUUUGCCAAAUGUUAGUUUGCUAGUUAAGUUGGGUCUUACAUCAUUAAAACAUGAAGACAGCAGAUACAUGUAUCUAUCAGCAUUUCGUCUUUCUCUU